AUAUGUAUUGUGUUUACCUCACUGGCUUUCGUAUUACAAUAAAAUUAACUGAAUGAAAUAAAACGAUCACAGAUUCACUGCUUGGUGUGUUCAUGUGCGAAUAAAUAAUAAUUUAAUUAAUAGUUUUACUUUUGGCUUACUUUAACACUGCACAGCAGCAAUACAAGUAUGAAUUACUUUUCUUUAAUAAGAUUUUUGGCUCAUAAAUCUGUGCCUCUAAGCAUUCAUCCAAAAAAUAUUUCAAAAGUUUGCGGAUUUGCAUUUCAAACCAAUACAAUACAUACCUCUAAUGUGAAACUUGACUUAAUGGAGUUUUUUGAUAUUAAAAAAAACUGGAAUGAGACAAAUAUUAAAGUUGGAAGAGGUUGGAAGUUGGAUGAACUGAGAAUAAAAUCGAAUACAGAUUUACAUAAACUAUGGUAUGUGCUUUUAAAAGAACGUAAUAUGCUGUAUACCAUGGAACACGAAUGUAAUGAGCAAGUAAAAUUAUUUCCUAACCCUGAAAGAAUCGACAAGGUUCAAGAGUCAAUGAAUAAUAUUGAAACAGUUGUCAGAGAAAGAAAUGUUGCAUAUUACCAAUUAGAGACUGGUGAAACUGGAGAGCGGCCCAUAGAAGAUGUAGUUUCCAUAUUUGGAAUACCAGAAAAAUAUAGUAAAAAAGAAUAUAGUAUACCAGCUUUUAUGAACAAACGAUGGGUAAGACCAUAUUUAGAAAAUGGAUACAUAAAUAGUAGAGCUGUUAAGAAAUUCCUUAGAUUGUACAAUGAAAAGAAACAUAAUGAAGAGAGAAAAGCUCGCAAUAGAGACUAUAAUCAUGUCCAGCAGCUGCUUAAGCGUUUUCCUGAUAUGGAUAUGGAAGCUCUGAAAGCUGAAUAUCCUAAUGUAGACAUAGAAAAAGCAAAGAGAACAAAAAAAGCAAGAGGACAUUGUUUACCUAAGUACUGAACAUUAAAUUAUGUCUAGAUUAAUGAAACAUAAUUAAAAAUGAUUGAAGAAA